AAUCGCCAAUGAAAUUACGCCAAAUUUACGAGAGUUGGUAUUUUUGCUGUCGGACGGCGAGUGUCAAAUAAUUGAUCAAAUAACUCUGGAUUACAAUUACAUUGAAUGCUUGCCAAAUGGAGUUUGUUAUAACAUCGCCAAAAAAUGUUUCGAUGUCAAGCCAAAUUUAAAGGGAUCUCCCCGAGCAUUCGUACGGUACUUUCAUCGUGAGGGAAAAAAUCCCGAACCAAAGCCAUUUAUAGAAGGUAAUUGUUUUUACUUUUCUUUUAACGCGUUAAGAAAAUGUGUUUUUUUUCUUUUAACGCGUUGUAACAUAUCAAGGUGGUAGUUGUAACGUGUUGUAACGUAUUGUAACUUGUUGUAACGCAUUGUCAGUGAAAAAAAUGUUUUUUUUUAUCUUUUAACGCGUUGUAACAUAUCAAGGUGGUAGUUGUAACGUGUUGUAACGUAUUGUAACUUGUUGUAACGCAUUGUCAGUAAAGAAAAUGUUUUUUUUUAUCUUUUAACGCGUUGUAACAUAUCAAGGUGGUAGUUGUAACGUGUUGUAACGUAUUGUAACUUGUUGUAACGCAUUGUCAGUGAAGAAAAUGUUUUUUUUUAUCUUUUAACGCGUUGUAACAUAUCAAGGUGGUAGUUGUAACGUGUUGUAACGUAUUGUAACUUGUUGUAACGCAUAGUCAGUGAAGAAAAUGUUUUUUUUUAUCUUUUAACGCUUUGUAACAUAUCAAGGUGGUAGUUGUAACGUGUUGUAACGUAUUGUAACUUGUUGUAACGCAUUGUCAGUGAAGAAAAUGUGUUUUUUUUUCUUUUAACGCGUUGUAACAUAUCAAGGUGGUAGUUGUAACGUGAUGUAACGUAUUGUAACUUGUUGUAACGCAUUGUCAGUGAAUAAAAAUGUUGGCUCUUUUUCUUUUAACGUGUGGUAACAUAUCAAGGUGGUAGUUGUAACGUGUUGUAACGUAUUGUAACUUGUUGUAACGCAUUGUCAGUAAAGAAAAUGUUUUUUUUUAUCUUUUAACGCGUUUUAACAUAUCAAGGUGGUAGUUGUAACGUGUUGUAACGUAUUGUAACUUGUUGUAACGCAUUGUCAGUGAAGAAAAUGUGUUUUUUUUCUUUUAACGCGUUGUAACAUAUCAAGGUGGUAGUUGUAACGUGAUGUAACGUAUUGUAACUUGUCGUAACGCAUUGUCAGUGAAUAAAAAUGUUGGCUCUUUUUCUUUUAACGUGUUGUAACGUAUUGUAACUUGUUGUAACGUAGUUCUAAAAAAGGUGCACUGAACUACAUUUGUAGGUGUCGAAAAUAGCUUCCCAGAUAGAAAUGUGCGGUUGCGUUUUUAUCAAAAAUGGUACCAAAUUUUGCUCGCCGGUCAGUAUCCCAUGAAAGAAAAGAAAUUGUUGCUGGUAGGUCCUCCUGAUAGUGGAAAGACUAGUUGGUUUGCUCCAUUUCAAGGCAUUAUUCCAGAAAUGUACAUUGCUGGCGUGGUUCGGGAUGGUCGAUUCUCAGGCCACCUGAUAAAUAGAAAUACACAAGUCGUAUUUAUGGAUGAAUGGACUAGCGACAGUCUAUGUUGUGAAGAUGCAAAAAGAAUAUUGCAAGGUAAGUCGAUGUCGAUGCAGUACAUGAACAUUUACUUUGAAUAAAAUGUGGCAAUGUGCAGAUGGGAUACCACUUUCUCUUAUAGGCGGCUUGGUUAUGAUCCCGCAAAAACACAAAGAACCGGCCCGUUUUCAAUACAAUUCGGGUUUUUUUAUAACAACUAAUAUAAUGCCGGACUUCGGAAAUGGUGUAGAUGGUGAGGCUAUCCUGCGUCGUCUUGAAGUUUUCGAAACUAAGACACUUCGAGUGAAGGACAAUAGCAUAACAAGUAAGUAUCUCAUGAGAAUAAAUGAUAACAAUGGUGUAAAUCAAUAUGCAUAAAAAUAAGUAAUGACUUUUUUCCCGAAUGCACUGCAUGGAAAUAUUUGUGUACGUUGCCAGCCAGUUGAAAGACAUCUCGCUUUUCACCAGCGAAACCAAUGUUGCGAAGAAAAAUCAAGUAGGCGCUGUGUACAACGACGUUGAUUGCGAUCCGUCGGUCUUCUUGGACGAAGAGCAAACAUUGGAAGCAUCUAGCAGUUGUCUAAGCACACGAGUUCAGAUUGAGAAUGCAGUUCCGCAAGAGGCUAUCGACUAUGCCAUUAUUGCGGCCGACGAUAGGGAUGGCAUUUUGUACCAUGCGCUUAACUUUGAUCAUGAACUGUUUGACAUAGAAAACAAGUUACACAGUGCUGAAUAUAUGCGCAAAAUGUACGAGAUAGCCGCUGGGGCAUGGGAGGAAAUCUGCCCAUUAAUUAAUAACGAUGAGACCUUGGUAGCAUUCAAACGCCGUAAAAGGAUCAACUGGCAGGGUAGUGACACGUUCUACGACACGUGGUUGCUUGCUACAAACUCCUGCCGCGAUUGCUUCCCGACGAAAGAAAUGAAGGAGCUCUACCCUGAUUGGGCACAACUAAUUGAGCAAGACGAAGACGAAGGAGAAGGUAGUAGCCACGACCGCGAAGAGAACGAGGAAGAAGAAGAGGAAACAAACGAAGAGGAGGAAGGUCAUAGGGAAGAAGAAGAAACAGAAGAACAUGAAAUCAAUGCUCAGUCGACAAAACCUGUUUCCACUGUUAAGCAAGAAUAUAUGCCGUUUUGUCCAGCAAAUAACAGUACUGCUUUUAUAGACCUCGUGUCAGAUGAUGAAAGUGUUCCUCAAAUUUCUUCAGUAAAAUUAGAGCUAUUUUCCGCAGAUAAUUCAACCACUUCUCUCGAUUGUGAAGUUAUCUGCAUUAGUUCGGACGAAGAAGACAAUUAA